GUAUCUCCACGCGCGGGACGACCCGGUGUGGGUGUCCCUGGUCCAGCUCAGUGUGCCCAGGAAUUCCCAGGCAGUUAGCGGGUUGCUCGCUGUGGCGGAGUGACGAGUCCCCAAGAACUUCUUGACGGAUUUGGCAACGAUGGCGUCCAACCAGGCCGACGGGGGGCUCAAUGUGAUUGCCCUGGUCUCUGGUGGCAAAGACAGCUUUUUCUCGCUCCUCCACUGCCGGGCCAACGGGCACCGCGUCGUCGCCCUCGCCAAUUUGCACCCGAUACUACCACAGCAGUCUGGGCCCCGCGAUGAUACCUCGCGCACCCCGGCUGCCACAGCUUCCGUUGCCCCAGCGGUCAGUGCCGCCGUCUCGGCCCCGGGACUCAUGUCAACCCCUGGCCAUGGGCCGCGUCAAGGUUCGGGCAAGGGUGGGCACCCCGUCGCCGUUCUGCCGGGUCAUGAAGGUGGGGGGGCUGGAAAUGAGAUGGUGCCCGAAGCAGAUGAGGAUGAACGGGACCUCAACAGCUUCAUGUACCAGACGGUGGGCCACCAGGUGAUCCCUCUCUAUGCCGAGGCUACAGGCAUCCCGCUUUACCGCCGGGCAAUCACCGGCGGUGCGACCCAGCACGGAAAGGACUACUCUCAUCACCGGAGCCCUCCCACCCCUGCGGCCGGGGACGACUCCGGCGCCGGUGCAGGAUCGGAGGCAGGGGCCUUCGCAUUGACGCCGAAGCUUGAUCAGAAGAAGAAUGGGGCUUCCGGGUCGGACCGUGCCCGUGAGGCCGAGGACACCGACGAGACCGAGUCCAUGGUCCCGCUCCUCCUGGCCAUCAAGAAGGCGCACCCAGAAGCCAACGCCAUCUGCGCCGGCGCCAUCCUCAGCACCUACCAGCGCACCCGCGUGGAGUCGGUGGCUACCCGCCUCGGGCUGACGCCGCUGGCCUAUCUGUGGAAGUUCCCCGUGCUCCCGACCCCGGGUCCCUUAGACCCCAUCGCCGGGUCUGAUGCCCAGCUGCUGGAUGACAUGGCGGCGGCGGGAGUAGAGGCCCGCAUCAUCAAGGUUGCGAGCGGCGGCCUGGACGAUGCGUUUCUGUGGACCAACGUUGCGAGUGCCGCCGGAAAGGGCAGGCUUGCUCGGGCGAUGCGGCGCUUUGGCGCGGCCGAGACGGGCGCCGUGAUCGGGGAAGGGGGCGAGUUCGAGACCCUUGUGCUGGACGGGCCGCCGGCGCUGUUCAGGAAGCGGAUCGUGGUUGCUGAAGGUGACCGCCGUGUCGUUAGGGAGGGCGGCGGGAGUGCCUGGCUUAGCCUGCGGAAUGCGAGGUUGGAGGAUAAGGCCGAGGAGCCAGACGCAGGCGCGGCUGGGGGUACUGUUCGGAUUCCUGAUCUGCUUGAUUCCAAGUUUGUUGGUGUGAUGAAUGCGCUGUCUUCGCCUGAUACGGAUGGUUCUCUCCAGUCAGGUCCAGUUGCGGAGGUUGAGUUCUCCUCUCAGGUUGGGAUUCUUCAACCGCCUGCUCGUGAACAUCUUCAGCAGUGGUCUUUCGUCGGCAGCAAGUUAGAUUCCGUCGAAGAAGAGACUCGCUCUAUUGUCGAGCAAGUCCGUCAGCGGCUUCGGGAACAAGACAUUCCACCGUCCGCUAUCCUUAGCGCCACGGUCAUCCUCAGACGUAUGGCCGAUUUCCCCGCCGUUAACAGUGUCUACGGCACACUGUUUGACGCACCUAACCCCCCCUCGAGAGUUACUAUCUCCUGCGGUGACGCCGCGGCCGCCAACAUCGCCAUCUACCUGACCGUUCACACCGCCCUCCAGCCCAACCAGCGCCACGGCCUGCACGUGCAGUCGCGCUCGUACUGGGCACCCGCCAACAUCGGGCCCUACAGCCAGGCCAUCUCCAUCCCCGUAUCGAGCCUCGGGGGAUCUGGCGAGUCGGAUGCUUCCUCUUCCUCCUCCGGCGCAAGACUCGUCAGCAUCGCAGGCCAGAUCCCCCUCGUCCCGGCCACUAUGGCUUUGCCAGUCGGCAGCACCGCAGACACCCUGCCGCUACAGCUAUCCCUCUCCCUCCAGCACCUUUGGCGAAUAGGCCUCGAGAUGGGCGUCCAGUGGUGGACCAGCGCCGUAGCCUACUUCCCGGUAUCUCCUCCCGGCCAGGAGAACGAUGAGAACAGCGAGAUGCGCUCCAAAGCGCAAGCAGCCUCCACCGCCUGGACAGCAGCCCACACCCCCCACCCCACCACCACCGACGACGACGACAACGACACCAGCGACGACGAAACCGGCCCCGACCUCUGGGACCGCCGCUACAACCCCGCCUACAUGACCUUCACCUCAGACCACAACAACGCCAACAGCCGGGCUUCCGCCCCAACCCUACCAGACCGCUCCGUCCUCGCCACCACCCGCACCCCACUACCCUCACAGCCAGCCGUGCCGCCGCUGUUUGUCGCCGAGGUCGACGCCCUCCCGCGCGCCGCUGCCGUCGAGUGGCAUGCCCACCUGGGCGUGGCGCGCGCUGGCGAGGGUGCCGUGCAUGUUCGCCGUGCUGCUGUGUCGGCUGUGCCUGGUGGGGAGGUGGUUGUGUGGCAGGUUGUUGUUGACGGCUCUGCGGCUGCGGCUGGGUCUGGGUCUGAGUCUGGGGAAGGGGAAGGGGAAGGGCGCGGGGUGCGGUUUGUGCAGACGGUUGUGGCGGAGCGGUGUGGGCCCGAGGGUCGGGGUGUGGCGGUGGUGCAUGGUGAUGUUGCGAGGGAGGCGCUGUCGCAGCUGGGCGAGUCAGGUUCUAUUGGCGUGGAGCCGGCUGUGGUGGUGAGGUAUGUGGAUGCGACGGUGUUUACGCCGGGCGGUGGUGAAAGGGGUGAGGGUGGUGGGCCGGUUGUGCCGUGUCUGUCGUUGUGGGAUGGUGAUGGGGAAAGGUUGGCGGCGGUGACGGUGUAUCAGAGUGUAUUUGAGUGAAAGGCCAUGUCUGAUAGGGGGUCGCUCCAGGUGUGUGCAGCCGAAGGGGGUCUGGAGCCCACCUGACUUGAUUAUCC